GAUUAGCGCAACUGGCGACGUGGGACGGCCCGGCCCGGCCCCGCGCCCGCCGCCGGCUCCGGGAGCGGCACCGGAGCUGCACCGGAGCUGCACCGGGCAGGCCGCCGACGGGACGAGGAGCCCGAGGGCGGCGGCACUCUGUGCGACAGCCCCGCCAGUGCGACGCGGUGAGGGGCGGCGGCGCAGGGAGCGCCCCGGUGGGCGGCGAUGGCGCUGCGGGCGCGGGCGCUGUACGACUUCAGGUCGGAGAACCCGGGUGAGAUCUCGCUGCGGGAGCACGAGGUGCUGAGCCUGUGCAGCGAGCAGGACAUCGAGGGCUGGCUGGAGGGCGUCAACAGCCGCGGGGACCGCGGGCUCUUCCCGGCUUCUUACGUGCAGGUGAUCCGCGCCCCCGCCGCCGAGCCGCCGCCGCCCGCCCGCUACGCGAACGUCCCCGUCGGCGGGUUCGAGCCGCUGCCGCCCCCCGCCGCCUUCAAGCCGGCGGCGCAGCAGCCCCCGCCCGAGCCCUUCCCGCCGCCCCCCGCCGGGUAUCCCUUUCCGCCCUACGGCGGCUCCUACCAGCCCAGCCAGGGCAGCGAUGACGACUGGGACGACGACUGGGACGACAGCUCCACGGUGGCCGACGAGCCGGGCGCCCUGGGCAGCUCGUACCCCGACUACGAGGCGGCGGGCGGCGGCGCCUCGGGCCGGUACCGCCUGUCCACCCGCUCCGAGCCGUCCCUGGGCCCCCGCGGCGCUGGGCACCCGCCGGGACACCCGCACCCCCCCGGCGGCGGCGGCGGCGCCAAGAGCUCGGCCACGGUGAGCCGCAAUCUCAAUCGCUUCUCCACCUUCGUCAAGUCCGGCGGAGAGGCCUUCGUGCUGGGCGAGGCGUCGGGCUUCGUGAAGGACGGGGACAAGCUGUGCGUAGUGCUGGGCCCCAGGGGCCCCGAGUGGCAGGAGAACCCCUACCCCUUCCAGUGCUCCAUCGAGGACCCCACCAAACAGACCAAAUUCAAGGGCAUGAAGAGCUACAUCGCCUACAAGCUGGUGCCCAGCCACACCGGGCAGCAGGUGCACCGCCGCUACAAGCACUUUGACUGGCUCUAUGGGCGCCUGGCUGAGAAGUUCCCUGUCAUCUCCGUGCCACACUUGCCAGAGAAGCAGGCCACUGGCCGCUUUGAGGAGGACUUCAUCUCCAAACGUCGCAAGGGCCUGGCCUGGUGGAUGGACCACAUGUGCAGCCACCCUGUGCUGGCUCAGUGCGAUGCCUUCCAGCACUUCCUCACCUGUCCCAGCACGGAUGAGAAGGCCUGGAAACAGGGCAAGCGCAAGGCUGAAAAGGAUGAGAUGGUGGGUGCCAAUUUUUUUCUGACCAUCAGUGUCCCCACAGGCCCUGGGGCCAGCCUGGACUUGCAGGAGGUGGAAAGCCAGGUGGAUGGCUUCAAAGCCUUCACCAAGAAGAUGGAUGAGAGUGCCCUGCAACUUAAUCACACGGCCAACGAGUUUGCCCGCAAACAAGUCACUGGUUUCAAGAAGGAAUACCAGAAGGUGGGGCACUCCUUCAAGUGCCUCAGUCAGGCAUUUGAGCUGGACCAGCAGGCCUUUUCGGCUGGCCUCAACCAAGCCAUAGCCUUCACUGCAGAAGCCUAUGAUGCCAUCGGUGACCUCUUUGCAGACCAGCCCCGGCAGGAUCUAGAUCCUGUGAUGGAUUUGUUAGCAUUAUAUCAGGGGCAUUUGGCCAACUUUCCAGACAUCAUCCAUGUGCAGAAAGGUAGACCAGCACAAGUUGGAGAACAUUUGUAAUCCAUUAGCAGCAAAAGAGGAAUAGUAUGCCCAGAUCAUAUUGUUGGAAUGUUGCAAAUGUAAGUAUAAUCUCCUUGAAAUUAGAUUUCAGAUACUGAUUUAUUUAAAAAAAAAUCCCACCUGAUAAAAUUAAUAUUUAGCCUUCAGAAUGAAGUGUGAGUAUUAUUUAGGAAAUAAGGGAUGGGGCCACAUGUUGAGUAGCAAGUAUUCUCACUCAGGUACUGUUCACUCCAUGAAUGGAAUGAUAAAGGCUUUCUGAGAUAAAUCAUAGAGUGAUCAUGUCACUGGAGCACAUUUUGGAUGUAUAUUCACAGGAAAGCAGAAUUGGCCACAGGGGCUAACUUACUUCUGGCAUUUCCUAAGGCUUGAGAUUAUGCUUUUUAAUUCAAUAAUUUCUCAAUGUAACACAGUGCAGUACAGUAUGUGUUGCACAUAGAAAAGUAAAUUAUGUAAUAUAUGUAAGUAAGGUAAUUUCGAUAUACUUCAGUCUCAUGCAGUUGGCAAAAAAGCUCAGGCAUGCCCUGAGUUAAUUUAAAUACAAAUUAAUAAUAGAUACAGUAAAACUUAAUUUUCUAAGUUAAAAGGCAUCUCCUGUACUGACUGACUGAUAGACUUGCCACUUAAUUUGGUCCCACUUUGAAAUCAAUGGGAUUUUUUUUGCUUGACUCCACUGGGAAGGAUAUCAGGCUCAGUGGUUUGAAAUUACAUCCCUCCAUCAACCCAGAAGUGUUCAGCCUAGACUAUUCCCCUCCUGUGCUCAUUUACAACUGAAUCUAACAUACAGAAUUUUGAAGUUGCCUGUCAAAAAGCUCUAUCCUGCAAUUUUAAUCAAAACCAUUCCCUGUUUUGGGGAAUGUAACAUUGUCAUUUGAAAUGAAGAAUGGUGGUACUGGUUUUGGUUUUAAAAGACAUUUCCAAGAAGCAUGAAAACCUGUGAAAAGAUAAAAUCAGGAAUCUUGAAUUUAAUCUUUUCUCUCUUGAGUGUUUUAACUGGCAUUAACUAUUUUUUAUGGAGAAAAUAAUGCUGCACAGGAGGAACAUCACAUAAAUACAUUAAAAAUUUUAGAGCUCGGUGAGACAGUACAGUUUUAUUUGCAAUGAGUUAAGGUGACUAUUUCUCUUGGUACACCCUGUUUUUAAAAAUCUCUUUGGAAAAAAACCUAGAGUCAGUUCUUUAAUUAAAAGUGAAGAUGGUGAAAUAAUGUUUUAAGAGUAUCCUCCCUUUGAUUUCUAGUCACUAGCCCUGAGGUAAGUGUUGCAGGAGACAUUUAGUUCCUUCACAGUCCUUGAGAGGCACUUGGCUGGCUCCCUGUCCUGCAGGAGGCUGUAGUACCCAUUGCCUCCACCCCAUCACCUUAGGCUUCCUAAGGUGACUGGGGAAAGAGCUGCAAACAGCAGUUCAGUUUCACAGGCAAUUUCUGGUUGCAAACACGUGAACAAUGUUGCAAAACAGCACUUGCAAAAUCAUAAUUGUCAGAGUCCCCCAGUGCCAUCCUGGCAGGGUGCUGCCACAUUCAGUAUUUUUCAUUUUGCUUUGCUUAGAGAAGUGUUGCAGGCAAGAUGACUACCCCAAUUUUUAAAUCAAAGGAAUUUAGGACCAUGCUGCUGAUUCGAUUGCUGUGUCAAAUCUGUGCCAGUGCUUAUCUAUCAAGGGUAGAUUUAAUUUCAUAUAAUUUUAAGAAACAUAGAAAGAGUUUUUCAGAACUUUAGUGAGCUUUGGGAAAACCUUGUUUGCUUGCAUCAUUGUUCAGGAUCUGUGAAACAAGCUCAUCAGAGGUAAGGUCCCUGCUGUCAGUCUGGUACCAGUGUGGUUUUGCUUUGUGCCCAUGGGUAGUUGCUGUGUAGAAACAGUCUGUCCAAUAGACUAAUGCAAACCUGACUGAAUGUGCUAAUGAAGAAUUGCUAGUUGGUAAGAAAAGCAUGCCUUCUCAAGCUCAAUUACCUUCUCUGGGAGAGGCUUUCAUUUCAAACAUGUAGUGUAUUCAGUUUCUUUUAUUUUCCUUGCUGCUAUCUCUGUGGGAGUCACUUGUGAAUAAGCAUGGACAGCUUCUCUCAGACAGCUCAGACUGUUCCAUAAGCAAUAUCCAUUCAAAAGCUGUAGCUGAAAGGCAGCUGUAUCUCUGCUUUAGGGUAAAUAGUCUGGCAGGUGCCUUUAAGCUCUGAGUGACAUGAAAGUCACAUGUAAAAACGAAGUUGUGAUGACACAUGUUAAACCCACAUGCAUAUGGAUGUGGCCAAUGCAUCAUCCUGCAGUGGUGAGCAGCUCAGUGGUGAGCUUGUCCUAUUCUGCUGGUCUUUUCCCCCAGGUGAUUGUCAGCAAAAACACUUUGGUCUCACAGUGUCUCAAAUAGGUAAGUUUCUGGGCUCUGCUGUCCGUACCCCCACAGCACAUGCAGUGACAAAGAAGUGUGUCUCAGUUCAAGAACCCAUUGCUCAUACUUUGAACCGCAGUUAAGGAGCAUAUUUGGUGCAAGAAGUUGAGCAAUAUGAAUCCCUGUGCCUGGGAGUGGGGAGGAAAGAAUUUUAACUGCUCACAGCAGCAACUGGAUAAAGGGCAGACUCUGCACCUUGCAACAUUGUUCAGUGU